AUGAUCUCCAAGCUGGAUGACGCUCCCGAAGAUCAGAUACGUCAGCUGCGAAAGAACUAUGUCUCUCCAUCCGAGGCAGAAGACGCUAUUCGAAGAGCCGUUCUGAUUCAACUCGAUAACGCCCCGCUUCGUUUACUCCACACUACCACCGGGCUCUUAUGUGAUCGACAGGCGCAAAUCAGCGCCUUCAAAGCGAGCACGACAUACAAAGAGCUUCUGUCAUCGAUGAUGAAGCAUGCAGACUUGCCAACAGAGCGCAUCGAUAGAGUGGUUGAGAUGUGGGAAGGGACGGAGUCGCUGCUGCACGACAUCCAGGACAAGGUUGUAUACAAGUUGAAGGCAACAGGUGGUCUCGUGAAGUUGCAAUCAUUUUGCAAAGUUGCUCGCGAUGCAGGUUACCGCUGGGCGUGGAUGGAUACAUGCUGCGUCGACCAGAAUAACAACGUCGAACUCUCAAAAUCACUCAACUCCAGGUUUGCCUGGUAUCAGCACUCAGCUCUCACGAUCGUCUACCUGUCGGAUGUUCCUCCUUCGUCAAAGUCUGGCGCUUUGGCAAAGAGCGCCUGGAACACGCAAGGAUGGACUGUCCCGGAAUUCCUCGCUCCUAAGGUCAUUCUCUUCUACAAACAGAAUUGGACUCUAUAUCUCGACGACCAAUCUCGCAACCACAAGGAGUCCGUUGCAAUCAUGCAGGAAGUGGAGGCUGCUACGGGCAUAGAUCGACGGGCCCUCGUCACCUUCCAUCCAAGGACGAUAGGUGUGCGAGAGAAACUCAGAUGGGCGUCUACGCGUAUCACCGUGCAAGAAGACAUUGCAUACGCAUUAUUUGGUAUCUUCGGCGUCCAACUCCCUAUGCUUUAUCGCGAGCAUAAGCAAAAUGUGCUCGGAGGCCUCUUGCAGGAGAUUGUGGCUCGGUCGGGGGAUAUUACUCCCCUGGACUGGGUCGGAAAACCUUCCGAGUUCAACAGCUGUCUGCCUGCUGACAUCUCCUCGUACAAAGCUCCGCCAUACUCGCUACCGUCUUUGUCCGAAGAUGAGAUGCAGACAUCACUCUCCUCGCUGCAGGGCGUGGCUAGUGUGAAGUUGGCCUCGAGACUUUAUUCCGUGCUUGACAACCUGAGUGCCCCCCGCUUCGCCAACUGCAAACUACAACUGCCUUGCAUUACAUUCCGUGUCACAGCAGUCAAAAGAAGGCGUAGUACAGACCAGGAGACACAAUCCACGUAUGGAGUAAAGGCAGAUGGCCUUCAUGACCUGGUGAUCACCACGGAGCACAAGCUGACUCAGUUCUCGCGGUCACGGCCCACUCAGCAGACAUUCUUGCUUGUCCGCCCGUGGAACCGCUGUCUUCUCGAGCAGUCUGACUUUGCAGAGCAGCCUGAUUUUGCAGAUGAUAUGCAGAGCGAGGGAGAUUGGUCUGAGCCCGGUUCUCCAUUACAUGACUUGCCUGGCAGCUUUCCUGGAAACAAUGAGCCAGUUGGUUCAGAGCCCCACACACGAGCGUUGCGAUUGAUUGUUCGCCUCGGACAACCAUUCGGCGCAUUUUUGCUAGCACCGCAGGGCGGGGGAGCGUACAAGAGGAUCGCAUCAGACCGCGAUAUCAUUGCCCAAGUCAAAGACACGGCUUCUGUUCACAACAUGAUGAACAUCAGGACUGUAGAGAUAUUGUAGCUGUAUUUUUAAGAAGAGAGAAUCUCUGAGCGAUUUUCAUUUGUACUCCUUGGUCAUUCGUACUAUGCUGGCACCGUGUGACAUGCUUACCCAGAAAUGUGAAUUGCAUUUGCGCC